AUGGACGAGGGCGGCUGGACCGUGAUCCAGAGGCGCCAAGACGGCUCGGUGGAUUUUGACCGGCUCUGGGACGCUUAUAAGGACGGCUUUGGAAAUCUGACAGGAGAUUUCUGGCUGGGCUUGGAGAAGACGCACCGGGUGGUGAAGGCGGAGGCCUUCCAGCUGCUGAUUGAGCUGCAGGACUGGGAAGGCAACGCGCAAAAAGCCCACUUCCUCUUCCGGCUGGGCGGGGAGGAGACGGCGUACACCCUCAGCCUCCUGGGACCCAUCCGGGGGGAGCUGGAGAGCGCCAUGGGGGACUUCCCCCAGCUGCCCUUCUCCACCCGGGACCGCGACCACGACCUGAAGGGCGACACCAACUGCGCCAAGCACCUCUCAG